GCGUACUAAGUCCAGACUUGGUUUAUCGAAUUGCUAUAUGAAAAAUUCUGAUCAGCUACGGCCUCGUACCAUUCCAAGUGCCUGCAGUGGGUGUUGGACCGCAUUAAACAACGACCUGAGCUCUCUCUCUCUCUCUCUCUCUCUCUCUCUCAUGGUAGCAGACAAGGCGGAAGACGCGGCGAUUCUGGCCGCAGCUCUGCGUGGCCGUUACGUCAGCAAGAGGGCUCUUAAGGUCUCAGGACUUGUGGUUGACUAAUGGCAUACUUCAGCACCUAACAUGGAAUGAUGUUGAGGGGCAAUGGACAGAGUUGUGGGCAGCGCCAAAGUUCAGUGUCACCCAUACGGACAUUGUGGCACCUUCAGUGAAUGUAGUCUUGACAAUAUACAAUCCGAGUGUUCAUGUUUGCCAGGGUAUCAACCAAAUUCUUCAGUGAAUUGGUCUGAGGGGAUCUGGUCAGAUGGGUGUGUGAGUAAGCAGGUAGAAGAAUCUGACAAGUGUGGAAAGAAAUUUGUGAAGGUGGAACAUGUGAAGCUUCCAUAUGCAUCAAUAUCAGCUUUGCUGGACACAAAGAUGGGUGAAAGUGAGUGUAAGAAGAACAAUUGUUCAUGUGUCGCAUAUGCAAGUCUACAAAUUGAUGGAGGUGGUGGUUGCAUGGCAUGGUAUGGGGAAUUGAUGGACAGUUUAAUAUUGGCAGAGCAGGGAAAAGAUUUCUAUGUUCGAGCAGAUGGAACUGAGUCAGCUGAGAAUGACAGAAAACCAAGAGGUUUCCUUAGAAGAAGGGGAACUCUUGUUGUUCUACUUUUACCUGUUCUGCUGGCACUUUUUCUUAUCAUGUUGGCCUAUUGGUGGCUUAUCAAGAGAAAGACUGAAGGUACGUAUGAGAGGUUCAACUCCAUUAAAUUGUCUUUGUUAUUACAAAGUUAUAACAGGAGCAGGACUAGUUAUAUUAAGAAAUUGUGGAUAUAUCUUGACCUCUGUAUAUUAUGAAAUUUCAAGAAGUGUAGCAAGUAAAGUCUCUAAUGCAUGUAAACUUUAUUCUUUGAUUGUGUCCAAUUAUAUUUAGUUU